GGGAUCCGGGCGCUGGCGGGGCUCGGGCUGGUUGGUGGCGAUGGGGCUGCGGGCGGCUGCGCUGCGCGGGACCCUCCUGCUGCUGCUGCUGCUGCUGCUGCUGCCCGGACCCGGCCGGCUGCAGGGGGCCCGCGCCGGGCUCCUGCGGAGGCGGCGGGCGGCGGAGCCGGGCUGCGGGGAGCUCCGCGGGUUCGAGCCCGUCCUGGGCAACAACACCUACCAGUAUGUCUUUGAUGACUUCAGCGGCACUGUAUCGCUCUCCUGGGUUGGAGACAGCACUGGAGUUAUUCUUGUCCUGACCACAUUCAAGUUACCGCUGCUGUUCGUGAGUUUCAAGCAGUCCAAACUCUACAGGAGCGAGGACUAUGGAAAAACUUUCAUAGACAUCACGAAGCUCAUUAACCACACCUUCAUCCGGACGGAGCUUGGGAUGGCCAUCGGGCCAGAGAGCUCGGGGAAGGUGAUUCUGACAGGGGACAUGCCUGUGCCUGGAGGGAGCCGUGGAGGAAAGAUCUUCAGAUCGUCUGAUUAUGCUAAGAACUUUGCUCAGACAGAUCUCCCCUUUCAGCCCCAGAGUCAGGUCAUAUACCACCCGCAGAACUCCGACAACCUGCUGCUCCUCAGCACCGAAAACAGUCUUUGGGUGUCCAGGAACUUUGGGGAGAAGUGGGAAGAAAUCCACAAAGCUGUUUGUCUGGCAAAAUGGGGCCCGAACACCACCAUCUUCUUCACCACCUACCUGAAUGACUCCUGCAAAACUGAUCUUGGGUUUUUGGAGCUAAAGAAAACCAGUGACUUUGGCAAAAGCUUCAAGACCAUAGGAAACAAAAUCUACUCGUUUGGCCUGGGAGGUCGCUUCCUGUUCACUUCCGUGGUGACAGAGAAGGGCAAUACGAGGAGGAUCCAUGUCUCAACUGACCAAGGGGAGACCUGGAAUAUGGCCCAGCUUCCAUCUGUGGGUCAGGAGCAGUUCUUCUCCAUCCUGGCAGCUAACGAGGACAUGGUGUUCAUGCAUGUGGAUGACCCUGGAGAUACUGGGUGUGGCACAAUCUACACCUCAGACGAUCGAGGCCUCAUAUACUCCAAGUCCCUCGAACGGCAUCUCUACACUGGCAUUGGGAGUGAAACUGACUUCACCAAUGUGACCUCGCUGCGGGGCGUCUAUAUCACCAGCGUGCUCUCUGAAGACCGUUCCAUCCAGUCGGUGAUCACCUUCGACCAGGGCGGUGAGUGGCUGCCGCUGAGGACGCCUGUCAACGCUAAGUGUAACUCUGCAGCAAAGAACAAGGAGGAGUGUAGCCUUUACAUCUACGCAUUGUACGGCAUCUCCCUGAAUCACAACGUGCCCAUGCUGCCUCUGUCCGAGCCCAAUGUGGUUGGAACAGUCAUCGCUCACGGCAGUGUGGGGGAUGCCAUCUCCGUGGUGAGCCCAGACGUUUACGUAUCGGAUGAUGGGGGCUAUACCUGGGCACGGGUGCUGGAAGGACCACAUCACUACGCCAUCCUGGACUCCGGGGGCAUCAUCGUAGCCAUUGAGCACAGCCUUGAGCCGAUCAAUGUGAUUAAGUUCUCGACGGAUGAAGGCCAGUGCUGGCACAAGUACACUUUCUCCAAGGAGCCCAUUUACUUCACGGGUCUGGCGUCGGAGCCAGGAGCCAGAUCUAUGAACGUUAGCCUCUGGGGCUACAGAGACUCUGUCUUGCCCCGCAAGUGGGUCUCCUACACCAUUGACUUCAGUCGUCUCCUCAGCAGGAACUGUGAGGAGGAGGACUAUACUAUCUGGCUGGCUCACUCCAGCGAGCCCGGCAGCCGCACUGAUGGCUGCGUUCUGGGCUAUAAGGAGCAGUACCUGCGUCUCCGCAAGUCAUCUGUCUGUCAGAAUGGCCGGGAUUACGUGAUGAUCAAGCAGCCAUCUGUCUGCCCGUGCACGCUGGAGGACUACCUCUGCGAUUUUGGCUAUUUCCGCCCUGAAAACCAGUCUGUCUGUGUGGAGCAGCCGGAGCUGAAGGGCCACGACCUGGAGUUCUGUCUCUAUGGCAGGCAGGAGCUGCUGACGACGAGAGGGUACCGUAAGAUCCCGGGAGACAAAUGUAGCGGUGGGAAGAGUCCGAGCCGUGAAGUGACGGACCUGAAGAGGAAAUGCACAAGCAACUUGCUGACUCCCAGCCAGCUGUCUGCUACGUCCAGCUCCGCUCCCGUAAUCCUGGCUGCUGUGGGCGUGAUGCUCCUCACCAUCAUAGCUGGAGUCCUGAUCAUUAAGAAAUACGUCUGUGGGGGCAGGUUCCUGGUCCAUCGCUAUUCCGUCCUGCAGCAGCAUGCAGAGGCGAAUGGGGUGGAAGGGGUUGAUGCUCUGGAGGCAGCCAGCCCUGCAAAUAAAGGGGGCUACCACGACGAUUCUGAUGAGGACCUCCUGGAGUAGGGGCACGCCGCUGCUCGCUGGCACUGGGACAAGUGGGUUUGGACGCCACCAUGGAUCUGCAGAACAGCAACCGCCUCCUCCAGCCCACGCUUCUCCGCGCUGGCUGCCUGGGUCCCUUUCCGAGGAGCUCCGUGCUCCGGCCGCUUCCCUUGAGACUGUCCAGAGCCGGUGGGGGCAGGCGGGGUGGGCUUAAUUUGUCUUUAUUGUAAUGAGAUUUCUUUCCAGCUUUUUGGUUUUUAAGGAAGACUAAAUAGGAAGGUGAAACCAGCAUUUCCCUAAGCACUAACCAUUACAAAGGUGCAAUUCACCCUGCUGCAGAGAGAAGGCUCUUAACUCCAGCGUCACCCCUCGGGGCUCAUCUCUGCCUCGGCGUGGCCUGGGCAAAGCUGCUGCUGGCACUGGCCUACCACCACCACUUCACCUAGCGUGGGCAGGCCUCGGGAUUCCCGCCAGGACAGCAUGUCGCUGAGCCAGCACCCCGCAGGGCCACGUGCCAAAACGAGGGGGGCGGGUGCCUUGGAUUUCUUCAUCAGAGAAGUGAUUGGAUGAAACCAACGCAGCGCGUAAAGUUGAGUUCAUCUCCGCCCCAGGAGUAACUGCUGUGACUGGCCCUUGUGGAACCAAAGCACUGAACUGGGAAAGCACUGUGUCUGCAAACACUGGCGGUAGCAGCAGGGGAGGGAAAGGGGUUGUUUUCAGUUCUAGGAAUAAGUGCAGCAGAAAACUUGGUAGGAAUAAAUCUCCUGCUUGCUGGUGUAUUCUUCAGGGUGGUGGGAAGCGUGUUCCAGGUGGAUCUGUGCGCUGAAAUGUCAGUGCUUUGGCGAAGAGCCCCAGGGCUUCGUUUAAGGGGGGGCGGAAGAGAGAGGCUCCUAUUUUUUGAACAUCUACCUGUCCCGUCCCCCCGCAAAGCGAUAGGAGACCAGCUGUUUGGUAGCUCCUAGAGCUGCUGUUGAUGUGGCCAGGCCUGGCGGUGGCUCGCAGGCACUCUGGCAAUUACAAACAGGAUCUUCAGUGCCCUGCCCUUCCCAGCGGUACCGCGUUUGGGUGUGAUGUCACCUGACAAACUGUAAGCUGCUGCUCUAGGUGCGUUUCCACUUGGCCGAGUACACUGUGCAAUGUGUCCACGUCCCUUGUUAAACGUCCAGUUGUCCUCUGCAAUAGAUGCUGCCCCGCUGAUUGCGAAGGGGGUGUCUGGUUGGCCUUUGCACUUGGAGGGCUGGGUGAUAAAAAGUGAAUGUAUAGAACAGUCUGACAGAUAUGACUGGUGUUUGUUCUCCAGGGCUGGGUCCCAGUGGGCUGCCAUUCAUCCGGUGCAUUGUUAGGCACCAGCAUAGGCCAAGACGCAAGGAGCACCGUUCGACCCCAGGCCCGCAGGAGACAGGAGUCUCAAGGACUGGUAUUUUUCAAACUUCGCUUAUUGCUCUGCUCAGCAUUGCAGCACCAGCUGACUUAGGAGCAGAGUGUUUUCAAGGGAGCUUGGGCUGGAGUGUGUGCGCUCAUUUGUAACCCAGGUUCAGAAGUCUUGAACCCUGGGUCCCAGCCUGAGCUCCAGCACCUACUGCAGUGUGCAGGCCUGAGUCCAGCCACCCUCAUCCCAGGCUUCCUAGUUCCUUCCUUAACCUGUGGCCACUGGAGCUCUGUGUUCGUGGUGCAGCGUGGGAAAACAGGACUGUCCAGGGGACAAAAGAAAUUUGGCCCGCAGGAUAGUGGGUGCUUUUGCAGACUCCCGGAGCGUGAGCCCAGGGGGGCUGUGUCUAUACUGCAAAGCAAUUGGGUUUGAACCCUGGGUCCCAGCUUGACUCGGGCUCAAAUCCUCCACCCCUGUGGGAUCCUGGGUCCAAACCCUGGGUUAGCAUGAUUUGUGUGUAGACGAAAGGGGGGUUAAGCUUGAGCCUGAAUUCGAACCCUGGGCUUACACUGCAGUGUAGAUGUACUCUUAGGCUCCUGAGUUUCACUGAAAGACAAUAGGACUUAGGCUCCUAAGUCAGUUAGGCGUUGCAACAAGGAGUGGAGCAGCCCUUAAAUACCUUCACAGAAAUCUGGCUCUAAGCUACCGAACUCUUGUUACCCUGGGGCUUUCCUUUAAAAACUUACAGGCAGAGCCAUGCCAUUCCUGUGGCCACUAGAAAGCGCUGUUUCCCUGGGUACAGCUGGAAGGCUGCUCUCCGAAGCUGUGCUAUGUUUUGGAGUAGCCUGUUGUAAGGGAGCGGAUGCUCUCUGGCUAAGAGAGAGGCUGCUCGGUGGUGAAGGCAGAUCUGGGUGCAUUUUCCUAGGCAACACAUUGCCCAACUCUAGCCUCGUCCCCCCGUAUCCGUCCGGUCGUGUAGAAUAGGAAAGAAGUAGCUUAGCCUGUUUGCCUGGAGAGUUUCUGGCUCCCAGACUUGGUUUAGCAAAAUUUCUUUUUAAAGAAUGAGUUUUUGGGGAGCUUUUUCCUUUAGAAUUUGACUAGCAGCCAAAUAGCCGCAGCUGGCCAAAGCUCCAGGAGAAGCUCCGGGUCCACGUUCCUCGCCAGUUGGGAACAAAGGCUGAAGAAUAAAUGAGAGGUGGCUGCUGUGUCUCUAGGAGUCUCCAGCAGACUGUCUCAGCUCAGACAUCUGGGGCAGAAUCAGAUGGCCACGGCUCUUAGCGCUCCAGGUGCCAGCCUUCGAGGGGAAACGGAAGCAGAGCAUUUGGGGGAUGAGCUGGUCGGCUGCAUGAAUGUAAAAUUCUGGCUACGAAUUCUCAUGCUCUUGAGACCAGCCUGUUCUGAAGGAGCAUUCUCAUCUACAGGCUGUCAAGGAAGCUGGUAAACACUGUGGUUCUCUUUUGCACACCCCCUGCCCUAUUUCCUGCCCCCAAACCCAUCAGCCUUGAUGUUCAUUACGCACGUGGUACAUUGGCGUGGAGAGCACCUGCCCCCCAGGAAGCUCGUGCUCCAACGGGGUGAAGGCAGCCCUGGGGAGAGACAAAUUACAUUUUUCUGGUGGGCGAUGGUGCAUUUCCCACGUGCCAGUGGCCUCGCUGUGUCAUGCAACAGCAGCCUUCCUCUCCCUGAGCAAAGCGCACUGAUAAUGCUGCAGCUCUGUCCCUGCUGAAUGGUUGCUGCCAGAGCACUUCCCUGGGGAUGCUGCUGUCGUGUGGCAUUAAGCCCAAUGCUGCCCCAGUACCCUUGGUUACCAGCGUGGCUGUAGGGCAGAUCAACACAGGGAUGCUGUGCCAGGUAGCCAGCCCGUGCUAUGUCCCCAUGUAACUGAAGCCAGAGCCCCUGCCCUCCCAUGGAGAGUAUCUCGGGGUCCAGGUCCAGGGAAGGCACACGGGACGGGAUGAAGGUGUGUGGAGUGUUCUGUAAACAAACCUGGCUGGGGUAUAACUUUAUACUAGAGAGACACGGUGGGGAGAGGGUCUUUUAUCGGCCCAACAUCUGUUGGUGAGAGAGAAGUCAGGGCCGGGGAAUGACUUUGUACUGGGAUUUUUCUGUAUAUUUGCAAUAUUUGGGUUAGAAAUAAAAACCAAAUGGACUUUA